AUGUAUCGAUUUGGAAGAAUUAACUCAUCACGAUCAAAAAUUCUUUCGUCGGGAUUGUCAUCAUCGAGCAAUAGCACUAACAAAUUAUUUAUAUCCAAUCAAUUUAAUAAUCAUCAUUAUUCAAUCAAUAAGAAGAAUAAUAACCUUACAAAUGGAAACACAACAAUAACUACUCAACAACAGUGCUUUCAUACAAAUUUAAAGAAUUUCCGAAUGCCUUUUGAUGAUCCAAGAUUUGAAGAGUUUUUAAGAAACAAACGUAAUUUUAAACAUUAUAGAAAUCCAAGUGGGCAUGGUUUUGAUGGACCUUUUCUUCCAGAGAAAAGAACUCUUGUGGGCACUUUGGUUAGUCUUGUAUGGAAAAUUAUUACAUUGCCCUUCAAGAUUGUUGGAUCUAUUCUAAUGUUUGGAGCUCUAUUUGUUGGAAAGAUGAUAUUUAGGAGAAAAUUAAAGGAAAUGGAACAAAUGAUGACUCGAACAACAUUGAGAAAUGUCAAAUCUUUGAAUACCUUGUAUAGAAACGAUAAAUUCACAGAGGGACAAAUAUUCUUUAGAGAUAUGAUGACUGGACAACCAAGUCUGGUUGAUGAAGUAUUGGAAGAUUGCUUAAAUUUUAUGGAUAAUAAUCAAUUAGUCUAUGAAAGAUUGAAGGAGGAAGCUAUCAAGAGAAGUGACUCUAUGAAGGAAUCUUUUAGUAUUUCACUUCAUGAUUCUAAAGAGAAGGUUGAAAGAGAUAAUGGAGAAUCCAAUAAGAUGUGUUUCAGCAAUUCAAAAUUCAUUCGACUCGUUACUGAUCCACAAAUGAUUUCAACAAGACAGGUCUCAGGAGCAGGCAAUACCAUGAUUAGGCGUGUACCAAUAUUCAUUAUGGUUAAAAUGAGUGAGAAAGAAAUUGAACAAUUGAAGAAUGCCAAACCAGAACCAAUGUUGGGAAUGACACUUAAUGAGGAUAAUGAAAUUUUGAAAGAGUACAAGUUGAGUUUACCUCUCUACUUGGAUAUUCAUGCAACUUAUGAAUAUGGAGAGUGGAAACAAUUCAAAAAAUUGGACAUUCUCACAACAGAAAAGGAAGAACUUGAUGGAGGUGAAAUUUUAAUUUCAUUCGAUGAAUUAUCUUCAAAUGAUUCUGGUACUAGUAUGAAUGUUGGUAUUAUGGAUGCUGAAUUUGUUGAAAAGAAGUAA